GCCAAACCUGCGUCGAAAGGAAAGCGGGGAAACGAAAAUGGCUCCCUACGAAACAUUCUUUUAAACUUCGAAUCGACGCCAAAAAAAAACUUUAUUUGCAAAAUUCAUCUACAAUUUUGUACGCCCUGUUUUCCUUUCCUACUUUUCUUCUAUAUAAUUCAUUUGGAAGGGAACAUAACCAAUGCGUUGCGAAGUUUUGCAACAUUUCGCACGUAAAUUUGUAAGGGUAAUGAAACUUCGUGCGAUCGCGUUGGUAGAGGAAGAGAAACAAACUGAGGAGAGUCGGACUUUUGUUUAUGAGGAGUCGGACUUUUGUUUAUGAGGAGUCAGGGGGGAAGCAGCACAUGGUGAGCGGCCUCUGUAAGAUAGGCUUCCCCAAUCCGUGGCGCUGAAAAGUUCUUCCCCCUCCACGAUCAUCACCACAAACAUCACCACAACCAGAAUACUCCCCCCGCUCAAUUCACCAUGAGGCAAAACCUGUUUGACACCAAAGUGAGCAAAGUCAAGCGGAAGAGGAAUAUCCUACGGGUGAAAAGCGGCAAGAGGAAUCUCCCCCCCAAAAGGGAACCCAGCGAAAGGUACAAGGACAUUCUGAAUUAUUACAAAAAUGAAAAUAAAACGAACAAAUUUAUUGAUAAGAGAAAAAGUAAGGAGGGACAGAAAAACACCACAAGGUUUAAGAAAGGGAACAUUUUUAACCUGAACAAUGACUCCUUCUUAAAGGAUAAGCAUAUCAGUGCCAAUGAUGUAUACACGGAGGAGGAUCCUUCGGAGGAUAGUUCCCUGGACAGUGGGGAGAAGUGGCCAGGGAAGGGCUCUCGGAAAUGCAAGAGGAAGAGUGACGCCAUGGUGAAUAACUUUGUUCAGGAGAAAAUCGAAAAAAAAAAAUUGUGGAAAAUUAAAAAGUACGAAAUUAAGGAAAAGUUACGCGAAAUUGAUAAACAUUUUGAAGUCAUUAAAAAGAGCGUCCUUUCUUUGCCUGGAACGGCGGGGGGCUUGCAACAAAAUGAGGACCUCCCAAGGGGGGGGGCCCCGACGUUGACAAAAGGGCUAAGCAGUAACGGGGAAAAGAAGAAGCUAAAAUUGGGGGGGGCCGAAAAACAGGAGCAACAAGGGGACCAACAAAUGAAGGCAAAUGAGCGUGUGGAGGAAGAAACGCGGAGGGGCGAAAAGGUCCAAAUGAAGAUGGAGGUAGGAGACGAGUCGGAGGAGGAAGUGGAAGAUGAGUCGGAAGAAGCUGACGGGUUGGAAGUGGAAGACGAGGCGGAAGAAGCUAACAGGUUGGAGGUGGAAGACGAGGAGGGGGAAUCUGACGGACUGGUCAUAGAAUCCGGGUGGGAAGCAGAAGACGAAUCGGGGGAAGGUGAAGAAGGAGACGCCCCGGAUGAGCAGCAUGGAGGUGAAAACGCCCCCGAGGGGUCAACACAACAAGGAGCAAACAUAUCAGUUCAGCUCAAAGAGGAUGCGUCGAAAUCGCAGUUGGUUGGUCAUAAAACGAAUGAGGGUGCCGAAGUGAAAGAACCAAAGUUGUUCUUUUCCAAAAAAAAGAAAAAAACGGAAGAGCUGGAAGAGCGGGAUAAGCAGGAGGCAUAUUCAUUGUGGUGCCUGUCAGACGAUAGCGAAAAUGAAACGAUUGACAAACUGUUUAGUGAAAAAAAAAGACUUCCUUUUAAAGACGAAACGGUGGUGAGCAUAUCGAAAGAGAGAGUAAACAAAAUGCUGGGGAAGUUCCUCCUGGAUGGCAACAAAGAAUUGUGCAGCCAUUUUGCCAACGAAUCAGGUGAUGAAAAAGGAGAAAACUUACCAACUUACAUUUCUAUAGAAAAAAAACAAUACCAGUUGGAGCAUGUAAUUGCCCUUUUGGAUGGUCAUAAUUUUAGGGGCCAAAAAAAACUCCUAUACAGAGUAUACCAUUUAAAUAUGUUUAACAAAAAAAAGGAGAAGAGCAUUCCCCAUUCUUCUUUCUUCUUCUCGCUGAUGGAUUAUUGCAUCUUAAAAAUAUACCGUUGUUUGAAAAGUGAUUUAAAAUUACACGAAUUGAUUGAAAAUUACAAGGACAUAGUUGUGGACUUUGCUCAUUCCAUGAAAACGGAGUUGUACCUCUACAUUUCUUUCCUCCUUUUGAUCGUUUUCUGCAAAACGAAGGGAAGGGGGAAGGCCAAUUUAUUUUACACGAAGAAAAGAAACACCCUGGCGGAGUACGUAGAGCUGAACAGAGGCGCGCACGGUAAGGCGUACGAUGUGCUUAUAUACUCCCGGAUUUUGAAGAGCGCCGAUUUGUUUAGCGGCAUUUUGGAAGAGCGGCAAUCACAGCUGGGCGAGGACGGAGCAGCAGAGGGGGACAACGCAGCGGGGGACAGCGCAGCGGGGGGGGGAACCAUAUCGUACGUCCACUUCGCGGUUAUCCUCUUGACGCUAAUUAUAUACCCAAUGGAGGGGAGCGAAAUGAAGCUGCAAAGUCAAACGGGAAAAGCGAUUGGGGGGUCCCCUUUGGAGAGGCCUGGAGCUGACCCUUUAGGAGAAACCCCACCCGUUGAGCACCUCCUAACAGACAUUAACAAAAACAGAGUGGAGGACGAAAAAAUGGUCCAUAAGCUUGCUCAUUUGAAAGGGGAGGAUCUCCUGACCGACACGGAAGAGACAACUCCUCUAAUGGGAUACCUAGUCGAGUUGGUGGAGUAUAUUUUUUAUAAGUACUUCCAUUCGGUCAAUGCGAAUUUGCCCCUUGGUGAGGAUGACGGGGGUUGCCACGGCAUUUUUAGCGGCGGUACGUACACCAGUGCGAGUCGCAUGGAGGAGUGCAUACAGGAUGUCGAGCGGGCAUUCUGCGUUAAGCGGUUUGAAGUGGGCGACGCUGUCAAAGCGAACAGGCACAACCAGGCAGGCACGCAGAGUAACAGCGGAGCCGACGUGCAUAGCGACCUCGGGAUCUUUUCCAAAAAGAAGCAACUCAAAAAAGCGGUCAUCCUGUUGAACAUUUAUAGUAUACUUCUGGAGAAUAGCAAAAAAUAUAGCCAGAGUUUCUUCUACCUCUCCUUCAAAAUUUUAAACACCCUUUUGCACGGCAUUAUGCGUGAGGGGGGGAAGUCGCGAGGGGGAAGAGGCACCAACGGUGAAGGGAAUAGCAGCGAUGGAGGGAAUCGCAGCGAUGAAAGGAAUCACACCGGUGAAAGGAAUCACACCGGUGAAAGGAAUCGCAGUGAUGAAAGGAAUCACAACGGUGAGAUGAUCCCCACGGAGGAAAGCGAUCUCUAUUACAAACUCUCCUUUGACACGUUCAAAAACGUAAUCCUCUUUUUGAAGGCCCACCUGGACCAACAGUUUAACGCCUACAUAUUGGUCAAUCACAUAGUGCGCCCCUGCCUACUCUUCUUAUUUAUCAACUUUUUAAGCUACAUAAAAAAAUGGGGCGUGAAAGAGAACUUUGCAAAAAUUGUAGACCAUUUUGGAGGCGUCCAAGUGAGGGAAGAUUACCUGGUUGCUGCCGACAGUCCCUUCGUGAAGCAUCAAAAAAAGGAGGAGAAAUACUUCCUCUUUUUGCUGUACAUAUAUAAGUUAGUAGACCACUCCAGAGCCUAUGACAUCACGCCUAUAGUUUCUCACAACCUGCAGCACGGGGGCAUUCAGAUGUUUACCCCCAAAUAUGCCAACAGCAGAAACCCCAAGGACUUUCUCAUCAUGAAGAGCGGCCAGGCGAAGUUUGCGGAGAUGCGGUCCGCGCGCAAGAAGAUGAAGCAGCAGAAGAAGCUGGACUACAACGAGCUGAGGAAGGAAAACAACUACCUUCUAGCCCUUAAGGCCAAGGAGGAACAGGAGAGGGUGCGCCGAAACCAGGAAAAAUACAGGAAAGUAAAGCUCAUGGCAAAGAAGGACGUCGAGGAGUACAACAAGAUGAAGACGUAUACCCAUUGA